AUGGAGUCUUCUGGAGAGAGCAGGGCUGUCUCGCUUACGAAUCGAUGUGGUGAAGCGAAAAGUCCAUACGUGCGAUCGCAUAUAAACAACCCGACUGCCUGGCAGCUUUGGACGCCAGACACUCUAGAGCUGGCAAGGAAGACGAAUAGGCUGUUAUUCGUGAGCAUAGGCUACUCCGCGUGCCACUGGUGCCACGUCAUGGAGAAGGAAUCUUUCGACGAUCCACGGAUAGCCCAGCUGCUAAACGAACGUUUCAUUCCAAUCAAGAUUGAUCGCGAAGAGCGGCCGGACAUCGAUCGCCAGUACAUGGACUUUCUCCAAGCGACCAGUGGAGGCGGCGGCUGGCCUCUCAACGUGUUCCUGACGCCCGACUUGGAGCCGAUCUUUGGGGGAACCUAUUGGCCGGGGCCGAAGAGUGAGAGAGCCCAGGUGGGUGGAACGACCUUUGAGGAUAUUCUGCUGAAGCUUUCUUCGGCUUGGAAAGAGCAAGAAGCCAGGUGUAGGGAGAGCGCGAAGGAGAUCACGAGGCAGUUGAGAGAAUUCGCGCAGGAGGGACAUAUCGGAGGGAGAGAUGGGAAGGGAGACGAGGAAGAUGGCUUGGAGCUCGAUCUGUUGGAUGAUGCUUUCCAGCACUACAAGCAGCGGUAUGACCCCAAGUUUGGCGGGUUUGGGGCUGCUCCGAAAUUCCCAACACCAGUGCACAUACGGCCUCUGCUGCAAGUGGCCUCCUAUCCGAAGGAAAUGCGAGAGAUUUUGGGUGAAGACGAGUGCAUAGCCGCUAGGGCAAUGGCUGUCAAGACUCUUGAAGCCAUGGCUAAAGGCGGGAUCAAAGACCAAAUUGGCCAUGGAUUCGCGAGAUAUUCGGUCACGCGCGACUGGAGUCUGCCGCACUUCGAGAAGAUGCUCUACGACAACGCUCAAUUACUACCGGUAUACUUGGAUGCGUACAUCCUCACCAAAUCGCCAUUGUUCCUCGAUACUGCUCAUGACAUCGCGACGUACCUCACGAGCCCGCCAAUGGCUUCUUCUUUGGGAGGCAUCUGCUCUGCAGAAGAUGCAGAUUCACUGGAGACGGCCGUCGAUCAUCAUAAACGAGAGGGCGCCUACUAUGUGUGGACUUACGACGAAUUCAAGACUAUACUAAAUGAAGAGGAACUCAAGGUCUGUGCCAUCUACUGGAACGUGCACCCCGAAGGCAAUGUAGAUCGCCGCUUUGAUCACCAAGGCGAACUGGUUGGAAAGAACACGCUGUGCGUGCGAUACGAGGCCGAAGAAUUAGCGAAGGAGCUCGGUAUGACGGAACAGGAUGCUCUUCGUAUUCUACGAGACGGUCGACAAAAGCUCUUGGCUUACAGGGAGAAGAAUAGACCUAGACCCGCUUUGGACGACAAGAUAGUCACUUCUUGGAAUGGCCUUGCGAUUGGCGCUCUGGCUCGUACCGCUGCGGCUCUGAAGACGACGUCUCCUGAACGGGCCUCCGCGUAUCUUGCAGCGGCAGAGAAAGCCGUGACCUGCAUCCAACAAAACCUCUUCGACACGUCCAGCGGUACACUGAAGCGCGUCUAUCGUGAAGGUCCGGGCGAGACUCAAGGUUUCGCAGACGACUAUGCCUUCUUCAUCUCCGGCCUGCUGGAUCUCUACGAGUCAACAUUUGACAGCAAGUGGUUAGAGUUUGCGGAUACGCUCCAACAAAGCCAGAACAAGCUAUUCUGGGACGAGGAGAAGUUUGGCUUCUUCUCGACACCUGCACAUCAACCUGAUAUCCUGAUGCGGACUAAGGAUGCGAUGGAUAAUGCAGAGCCAAGCGUCAACGGAGUCAGCGCUGCAAACCUUUUCCGACUGGGCUCAUUCUUAAAUGAUCAAGGCUAUGAGAAGAUGGCCAAGAGGACAGUGGCAUGCUUCGAUGUUGAGAUCCAGCAACAUCCGGGCCUGUUCAGUGGCACCCUGUCAAGCGUUGUGGCUUCAAAGAUGGGCAUGAAGGGAAUCAUGAUCGUCGGCGAGGGCGAGGCAGUCGAAGCAGCUCUCAAGAAAGCGCGCGAGCGAGUCAGGCCUAACACUACGAUCGUGCGUGUGGGAGGAGGAGCGAACAGCACUUGGCUUCAGAGCCGGAAUGAGCUGCUCAAGGACUUGGACGGGCACAAGAGUAUGGUGCAGGUGUGUGAGGGUGGAAUCUGCAGGCUUCUCGAGGAGGCGGAUGUCCAGGAGUUGUUUGAGGGAUGA